CAAACCCUUUUCUUGUCUGGAAGAUUCGCAGGGGAUCGGGGUGGGGGGUGGUCUGAUUCGGCAUUUUUACUGGGGAGAAGACAAGGAGAAGGAAACCCCCGUUUUUUGUUGUUUUUUUUUAAUUUAAACUCUCCAGGAUUUUGGAUCCUCCACUGAAAGGCAACCCAAGCGAUGAGCAUUGAGACGCUUUUGGAAGCGGCCAGAUUUCUGGAAUGGCAAGCCCAGCAACAACAGAAAACACGUGAAGAAAAUGAAAAGCACGAAAAGCUCCGCCUAGAAAGAGAACAGGAGCAGAAGAAGGCCAGCGUACAAAAGGUUAACAAUGCCUUUCACCCAGAGGACCCAAGGAACGAAAUCCCAGCAGUGCCCAUCUCUCCCCCUGCACCAGCUCCUCCUCCUCCUCUGCUGCCACCCCUAGCAGCCCCCAUAUCAGUCAUUCCCAUCCCCGUGGUCACUAGCUCACCUCAGCAAGCAGCCCAAACCACUCUGUCCCCUCCGCUCAUACAACGCCACCAGCCUCUCAUAAGCACUCCCAGCAUCAGCAAGGAAGUGUCCUCAGUUGCACCUGUUAUACAGAGACCAUCUGGCCCACUUCUUCCAGACGUCAAGGCUCCUACGCCCCCUUCAGGUAGCCCCAAGCAGUUACCGCAGUAUGCAGCUCCAGUACUGGCCAUCUCUCAGCAUCACGUGGUUCAGCAGCCAAUACAGCCCCAGCCUCAACCACAUCAACCUCUGCAGCAGCACCAGGCACCGCCUCAGCAGCUCAAUGCUCUUAAGCUGGCCCCGGCAGAAGAUGCCAAACCAAAUGAGCAGAAGAAGAGACCUGGAGGGGUUGGGACCAGGGAAGUACAUAAUAAAUUGGAGAAGAACAGACGUGCACAUUUGAAAGAAUGCUUUGAGACGUUAAAACGCAACAUCCCCAGUGUCGAUGACAAGAAGACCUCAAACCUCAGCGUUCUAAGGAGUGCCUUGCGAUACAUCCAGACUUUAAAGAGAAAGGAGAAGGAAUAUGAACACGAGAUGGAGCGGCUGGCAAGGGAGAAGAUCGCUACCCAGCAGCGACUGGCUGAACUGAAGAACGAGUUGAGCCAGUGGAUGGACAUCCUGGAAAUUGACAGGAUUAUUCGACAGACAGUUCAGCCAGAGGAUGACCAGGCAUCUACCUCGACUGCAUCAGAGGGCGAAGACAACAUUGACGAAGACAUGGAAGACGACAGGCCCGUGAACUCAUUACCAAAACUAACCCAGCGCCAGCACCCCGAGCUACUGAAGGCUGUCCCUCCGAAUGCUGCUUCCCACCACCCGGCAGUCUUGCCUCAGCACCUGCCUCUGCGUCAGAAACAAACCCCACCCCACGCGCCGCCGCCCCUCCAGACCCAGGCACUGGUCCAGCCGCAGGCGAUCGUCCCCGCACAGACUCACAUCGUGGCGGCUUCGACGGUGCAAUCGACUGUUAUCGCCCACACCGCCACCACCCAUGCGUCGGUCAUCCAGACUGUCAACCACGUGAUUCAGGGUCCGCAGACCAAGCACAUCGCUCACAUAGCACCUUCCACGUCCAGCCCCGUGCAACUCACCACUGCUGCUCAGCCUAUCGGCCACAUCACUGUGCACCCGGCAACCAUAAAUCACAUGACCCACCUCGGCCAGCAGUUACCCAUUUAUCCUCAGCCUGUGGCCGUCAGCCAACCGGUUGUGAGCCACAUCGCUCACACGAUUUCUCACCAGCAAGUGAAUGGAACCACAAACCUAGGCCAGCAAGCGGUGAUGGCCAAACCUGCUGUAGGAACCCAAGUUGUCCACCAUCAACAGUUAGUUGGGCAAACAGUGCUAAACCCGGUAACUAUGGUCACCAUGCCAUCAUUCCCUGUGAGCACGCUGAAGCUGGCCUAGAACAGGAAGCCCACUGGCAAAGUCUUUGGCAGGCCACCUUUCCUGAAACUCCUUACAUUCCAACCACGUCCGAUUCCAAGGGAGAACAGUGCAGGAACUCUGUGAACAGGGGAAGAGUGACACACCUAAGGUUGGGACUGCCAAGUCCAUCCUUAAUCUUUUAAUAACCAAUCUGGAAGUGGUAAUGAGAAACGGGGGCUUCUCGGCACUUGAAUUUCGCUAAUCAGAGAAAACUUUAAUGACAGUUGUUCAUAGUGAUUUUUUUUCCUUUUACGUGUAAUCAGUGAAAUAUGAAUAUGAUGUUCUUAAGACUUUAAUUUUUCCCUUUCAUGUGUUGCUUCUUUGUAGAAUAAAAAAGGCUGAUCUCUUUAUUGAGACAUUGCGUAGAAUGGGAAAAAAAUCAUAGACGUCUAUAUUUAUAUGUAUAUGUAUCUGCCCAAAGCUACAUAUAUAUAAAUAAAUAUAACAGCGGAGAAGGCCUUUGGCAAGGUUGAUUGUUUGCAAGAUUAUUAGACAACUUAAAUGUUAAUUUUUGGAGGAAGAAAGCAGAGUGUCCUCUUUAAAAAAAGAAACUUUAAAGACAGAUGGUUUAGUGGACCAGGGUACAAAUAUUUGAUGACAAAUUAAAAAAAAAAUGUUAAAGGUAUUUCCCUUCAGUAUAUUACAUUUCAGUAAACCAUCUGAAAUCACUGUGACUUGUUAUGGCAUUUAAAGGAAAUUCUCUGUCCUGUUUAAUAAAAGGAAAAAGAAUACACAACCGGACUUCAUUUGUUGGAAUUUCAUAAAUGGCUCAAUUUUUACAGCUUUGUCAAAAGAAAAUUUCAUAUUUGUUAUUUUCAUGGUUUAAAAAUAUGUUUUGUUUUGGGGUUGUUGUUUUUUUUCUAACGCAAUAAUUGAUUUCACAGAACUCUCUGUGCAUGGCUCUAUCUAUUUCAAGAUUCCUUACCCCAGUCCCAUUCCCUAAAAGGAUUUUGACAGAGGCAGUUAUUUAGAACUAGUGGCUUUGCAAUAUAUUUCGCCAGUUGGGUGGAAUGGAACCUGGGACAAGAAAGCUGCCAAAAAUGAGGUUGAUUUGUGGUGUUUUUUUCCUGAAUGUGACCACGUUUUAGUGCAGGAUAGUGAACGGAUUAGAAAAUGGAUAAAUAUGCAUGUGAAAUGCUCCAAGGGGCAAGAGCUUUUAAAAAAAAAUCAAAUGAAAUGGAAUUUAAUUUUGUAUAGGAUAACCGUAUAUUCCAGUAAAUCAGUAUAUAGAACCUGACAGUGUGUCUUACAAAAUACAGUGAAAUCUGACUAAAGAGCAACCCCCUUUUUAUCUGAAGUGACUACUUUAAAGCAUCCCAAGGUUUCUGGUACAAUUUUUUUCCAUCUUUUGUGGUGGUGGAACCAGAUCCCACUGAAGUCAAUGGCAAAAUUCCUAUUGACUUCAGUGAGACACAGAUUUUCUACAGGUACUUGCCAUUCUCUUCAGUGAUUGCUUAAGACAUGUUUAAUUAUCCGUUGUUGGUAUCUUUUGUUCCUUGUCCCACUUCCCAUGUUGUACUAUUGCUAAUGUUCUCCUUUUUCUUCUUUUUUGAUCUGUAAUCCUGAUGCAGGCAAAACUCCCGCUGCAGCGAGGGGAAGUUUUGCACGUGUCAGGACCAGGGGAUGGUGGUCCCUAUGUCAACAGCUGUCCUUUCUUAUCAUGUUACUGUCUGGAAAUGGCUAGUAGCGGGAGUAAAGGUGCAAUUAACUCAACCUCCUUUGGAAGUGACACCAACCCAGACCAGGAUGUAAGGUGUGUGUUGACUAGUCAAGUGAUCGGAUACUUUCACCACCCUAGCCACUUACUGUGCAAAUUUAUUUCUGAGUUGAGAUCUUCUCUAGGAAAUGGAUCCUUUUGACCGUAUUUGUCCAAAACUCCCAUUCACUUCAAUGGGAUUUUCACCAGAGUAAGGACUGCAGGAUUUGACUCUCUGGCAUCAUCAGAGUCAGAUCGUUACUAUAGGGUUGCUUAAGUUUAACUUGAAAAUCUACCCCUGCACCACACUACAAUUGGAACUGUUAGAAGGCGUGGUUGCUGCUAGCAGAGAUCUAACACAGUUUCCCUUGCCCGUGUAGACAAGGAUAUUUCUCCUAAGAAUUGUAAUAGGUCCGUGUUUAUAAAACCUUGCAUGAAGUGAGGAGCACAGUUGUCAGGGGAAAUAAUCCCUGUUCACAAUGGCAUUAGCAUGUAACCUGUGUUGCUAGCACACUGUCAGUUACAGAGCAGUCAGAUCUUAAAGUGAAUUAGGCCCUAUCCCCAAACCACCUUUAUACAAAUUUAUUCCUAGUCACGACUAAUGUACUGUUAACAUUGUGGAGGUAACAGAAUCGCUACAGGGUUAUUUGCUCCUUUAUGCAUUCAGAUGCUUUCUCAGUAAGGUUGUAUUUCUUGUGUGAGUUGGAGCCUUUGAUGGACCUCAGCGGAGAUCUAGAGUUAGCCAGCAGGACAGUGACUUUUCAUGAGAGAGCCUCGAAAGCAUGGAAUAUGUGUGGCAGGGUUGCCUGCCUGUUUAGGAAUAACUGUGUGGCUUUGUCUCUUGAACCUAUUGAGGGGUAAAGGGGGAAUAGAGCUCCCACCUGCUCGUUGCACAGGUCCAAGUGGUGGAUCUCUAAAGGAUAACAAAAGCAAACCAGGGAAGUCCCAAUUCUUGCCGACGAAGGCUACGUUUUUCAAAAGACAAGAGGCUCCGAUCCAAGGGCUAGAGCUCAUUUGCACAUGGUUACUGCGAUGACACAUACAAAUUGCCAGCUAGGACAAAUGUGGCUAGUGAGUCCUUUGAGCAGGGUUGGGGGCACCCCGGACCCCACAGGAUUGGACCCACAAUUAUCAAUAUUUGCAGGAAAUUACAGUAAUGGCAUAUGCAACUUUGAGUGCUCUUGCACACAUAUUUUUGCAUGUGGAUCUGCUUUCUCUCUGUUGGAAAAUAUGGCCCAGGGGGUGCGCCUGAGAGCCUUUCGUAAAACACCCUGGAUAACUAACAGUGAAAUAGACACACAGUUACUCCUAAAAACACCGACCCUCCAACACAGAGUUUUCUCUAGUGAAAAGUGUUUGAGGUGAAAAGGAAGUGCUGCUUUUAUUUUACACAGGGGAGUAUAUUUUCUUGUGGGUUCUUUAAUGGCUUUUAUUGCAUGGGCGUGUCAUCUUGCCAGCCUUCGAAUCUUCUUCUCCUUCUGUCUGUAGAUUAAAAUGUGGUGGUGACCGUAGGAGUGAUGAUGGGUAACACCCCCGUUUCACUUCCUGUAAUUUAGUUCUGAUGGACGUCCCCUUCAAUGAUGUUAACUAGCCCCAUUAUAAGUAAGGCUCCUCCCAUCUGGCCAGACCUGAGCCAGUCAACUAGUCUGGGGCUAUGUCUACGUUAGCACUUUUGUCGGCAAAACUUUUGUUGGUUAAGGGUGCGA